AUGGCCUUACCCAGUCCUUAUGAAUAUUCGGCCGUUUUUGGCUUGAUGAGACUACUUCAGUAUCAAAAUAAUUAUCCUGCUUUGGGUUCUGGAUCGCAUGCAUUAUCAACACAAGCAAGAAAUCUAUUGGGUCCUAGGAUCCCAAAAGUCGUUGUUGACUUUCAAACGGCAGUACAAUUCAACUUGUUUGGAAGCUAUCCAUUCCACAAGGAUGUUGCACCCUCGGCCGUUUUCACAGCCUUGUUUUCAAUUGUUUUCCUUUGCCAUUUAGCAAUCUUUUCCAUCAAUUGUUAUCGAGGUCACUAUUUUUGGCCACAAUUGGGAUUUAUAUUUUAUUCCUUGUGCCGUGUUUUGGGCUUUGCCUUGAGAAUAGUUUGGUCUGCCGACUUGUCUCAAACAAGUAUUGGUAUUACUGGUGAAGUGUUUUUGAUACUCCCAACGGUGUUACUUCCCAGUUUCAAUUUGAUUUUGGCACAGCGUAUAUUCACGUGGCGACACCCAGUUGGUGGGUCUAGAAGACUUUUCUGGAAUCUUAUGUUGACUUUAUAUGCAAUUGUUGCCGGCGUGGUGGCAAUGACCAUUGUUGCAUCUGCUGGUAUAAAUAUAUACUUGUUGGGUGCUCCAAACUAUGCCAGAUUUGUGCGCUGUAUCCAAGCAACUUCCGUUUUGAUUAUUGUUUAUUCCUUAACUGCACUUUCUUUGAUUGGUUUGGCUUUUUUCUUUAAGCCAACAACAAAAGACGAGAAUUUGUAUACAUACCAACCAUGGUGGAUCGAAUCGUUUGCACCAACGUACUUUGUCAGAAAGGGAGUACCUCAAGAGGCCGCGGAAAGUUUUUUGAAAAGAAACCAUAAUCAUCGAUUUGCUAUUCGAGUUAUUGCUGCAACUCAUCAUCACUACAAGAUGGUUAAAGGCUUGAGCAAUGAGCGUGGAGACUUGACGCAUAAUACUUCUUUGUUAAUCAUUGCAAUAACUACCAUCAUCAUCUUAAUAGGUGCUAUUCUCCGGUGUGUGGUUUGUUUUCAAGCAAGAAUGAUGUAUGAUCGAUCGCCAGUAGGGUCAGCAGCUAUGAUGUAUGUUUGGUGGGGAGGAUUUGAAAUAGUGACCAACAUGCUAUACUUGAUUGGAAGAAUUGACUUGAGGUUUUACAGACCAGAUAGACUACCCAAACAUAUCAAGCAUAUCAAAACUGCUGAGCAGUCAUUGUAUCCUUCAGAAAUUGAAAGUAUGGACUUGGAUGAGCACGGAAGAUUGAAAAAUACAGAGUCAUAUGAGGACCAUACUCUGAAAGAAGACGAGGACGAAGAUGAGGAGGAGGAGGAGGAGGAUGGAAAUUUCUACUUUGAUGGUGAACAAUCCGAGGAUGAAGAGGAUGAUUUCGAUUUUGCACCCAAUUCUAAUAUGAAGGAGAAAAAGGAAUUAAAACAAAUGCUGCUGGAAAAACCUCCUAUGGGUGCAGCUUACAAUAAAACUGAACCACCAUAUCCAGAUACAAACAAAUCUGAUACCGAAUCCGAGUUCAACUUUUAG